AUGCCGGGGGCACCUGCCCCGCCGCUCCGCGCCCCCUGCUCCAGGGAUCCCAAAAUGGUCCAUCAGCGGUUCCUGCGGAGGAGCGUGGUGGACUCGGACCAGGAGGAGCCUGCCUUUGACCUUCCCGAGUCAGAGCAUCAGAGGAAAAUUAUCCUGCUCCCGAAAACCAGGAGGAUAAUUGCGGAGAGGGCGAAGGCAGGGCACGGGGCCGGGGAGAAGGUGUGCCUGGAGGCCGAGCCUUCUGGGGAGCUGAAGGCAGCGCCAGCCCCUGGCAGCGUCGUAGGGGCUGAAGAGCAGAAGGAAGCUGGCAAAGAUGCGGAGCGGAAAGAGGCGUCGGAUGCUUCCAAAGAUCAGAGCAAGGCUAAGAAAGAGGAGCCUGAGGAGGAGGCCGAUAUGAAAGCGGUUGCCACCUCGCUGGAUGGCAGGUUCCUAAAGUUUGAUAUUGAACUCGGGAGGGGAUCCUUCAAAACGGUCUAUAAGGGUCUGGACACGGAGACGUGGGUGGAAGUUGCGUGGUGUGAACUUCAGGACAGAAAACUCACAAAAGUAGAGAGGCAGAGAUUUAAAGAGGAAGCAGAAAUGUUGAAAGGUCUACAGCAUCCAAACAUUGUGAGAUUUUAUGACUUCUGGGAAUCCUGUGUAAAAGGCAAAAGAUGCAUCGUGCUGGUUACCGAAUUGAUGACCUCUGGAACACUAAAGACGUAUCUGAAGAGAUUUAAAGUGAUGAAACCAAAAGUCCUGCGUAGCUGGUGCCGGCAAAUCCUCAAGGGUCUUCUUUUCUUGCACACAAGAACUCCACCAAUAAUUCACAGAGACUUAAAAUGUGACAAUAUUUUUAUUACUGGACCAACUGGAUCUGUGAAAAUAGGAGACUUGGGUCUGGCAACCCUCAAGAGAGCUUCGUUUGCCAAAAGCGUAAUAGGUACACCAGAAUUUAUGGCCCCGGAAAUGUACGAGGAACACUACGACGAAUCUGUGGAUGUCUAUGCUUUUGGAAUGUGCAUGUUGGAAAUGGCUACCUCAGAAUACCCUUACUCAGAAUGCCAGAAUGCUGCUCAAAUUUACCGGAAAGUAACCUGUGGUAUAAAACCAGCAAGCUUUGAGAAAGUUACUGAUCCUGAAAUUAAGGAGAUAAUUGGGGAGUGCAUUUGCAAAAAUAAAGAAGAAAGAUAUGAAAUUAAAGAUUUAUUAAGCCAUGCCUUUUUUGCUGAAGAUACUGGGGUAAGAGUGGAACUUGCAGAAGAAGACCAUGGUAGGAAAUCCUCUAUUGCCUUAAGACUCUGGGUAGAAGAUCCUAAGAAACUGAAAGGAAAACCCAAAGAUAAUGGAGCCAUUGAGUUUACUUUUGAUCUGGAGAAGGAAACUCCUGAUGAUGUUGCACAAGAAAUGAUUGACUCUGGAUUUUUUCAUGAAAAUGAUCUCAAGAUAGUUGCGAAGUCGAUACGUGACAGAGUAGCGUUAAUACUAUGGAGAAGAGAGAGAAUUUGGCCUAGGAUGCAGUCAGAGGAACGUCGGGACUCUGAAUGUCUGGAGAAGUUGAAGACACCGCAUGCUCAGCAGGUCCAGGUCACCUACCUUUCUCACACUGGUCACCAUGUCCUGUCGGAGCCGGAGGAGCCUGAGGCGGACCAGCAUCCCUUUCAGCAAAACCUGCCCACCAGCGUCACGUCCGUUGCAUCUGACAGCACAUUUGACAGUGGCCAGGGGUCCACUGUUUAUUCAGACUCCCAAAGCAGCCAGCAAAGCGUCAUCUACUCGUCUCUGCCUGAUCCAGGACCUCCGGCUAUCCAACGGGUGUAUAGCCCACCUCUGAGCGAGAGCCAGGCUGUGCCCCAUAGCCUUCAGCAGCUGGGGCACUACCAGCAGCCCUCAGGACCUGGCCUCCCCGCGGUUCAGGCUGCGCCCGCGGUGGUCUCCCAGCGGCCCCAGCACUACCAGGAGCCGGCGAUGCCGUCCCCCGUCGUCCAGCCCACCACCGUCGCCCCCCUGCAGCUGGGGCAGCCGCAGCCGGGGGUCCCCAGCCAGCAGCAGCAACCCCUGUCGCAGCAAGCGUCUCUGCAGCAGGUGCUUGCCAGCCAGCCGGUUUGCCCAAUCCAGCCUGCGGCCCAUCUAUUGCCCCAGUAUCAACCCCAGACCUCUCAGGUGGCAGCUAGCAGUACACCACUAAAGCCCCUGCAGAUAUCGACUGUGCCGCAGCUUCCGCCGGUGGCCCCUUCCCAGAUUCCUCAGUUUCCUGUCAUUCCUGCAAUUACUCCUCUGGCAGGACUUGACAGCCUUCCUCCAAACCUCUCUGAUAUACCUGCUGCAAACGUGCCCCCCAUACCUGCUCCUUCUCAGUAUUUUGCUCCGGCCGUGAUCUUACCCAGCCUCCCCAUGAACCCCACUCUGCCUAUGGCACCGAACUCCCCUGCCCUCCCCAUGCAGGCGGUCAACCUUCCUCAUACGACCGUGGCUUCUUUGGUCUUGCCCUGCCAAACAAUAGUGCCAAAUAUGUCGGCUGCUACGAUACCGUUGCUUGCCGUGGCUCCGCCGGGAGUGCCGGCGUUGCCACCGCAUCACGGGGUGCCCCAGCUCCCCCAGCAGCAGAUGUACCAGACCACCUUCCAGCAGAUCAUUCAGAGCGAAGCGCCCUCUCCCCAUCACACGCAGAGCACGCAAGCAGUGCCCCAGCCGCAGCAACCUCCACCUCCGCAGUCACUUCAGCCAAGCAUAAUUCAUCCUUCAGAACAGCCUCUGCCUGCGCCUGGGGCUGGUCACCAGCAGAUUACUGGACACGCUCAGUAUGCUUUGGAAGCUGGAGCCCAGGUGCCCGUGCUGCCUGUGCAACCUUCGAUAGUCAUGUCACCGCCUUUGCAGUUGCAGCCUGAACUGCUGCCUCCCCGCGUCGCUCCAGAAGGCAUUCCGCAGAUUCAUGGCAGCCUUGCUACAGCGAGUCCGCCCGUCCCCGUAGAUCGCUGUCUGCCUCUUCAGCCUUCUGGUCUGCUGCAGCUUCAGCCCGAUCUUUCCCAGCCGCUGGGUCAGCAGCUCCCAGCUCCCUCCUCAGCCGUCCAGGCAGAGGCAUCUCAAGAGGAGCAGGCAAUACAGGACAAACUUCAAACUCUGUCACAGAGCUGUGAAAGCUACAUGAGUCCAGAUGUUGCUUCGGGUAAAGAGAUGAGUGACAGCUUUGAAGGAGCAAUAGGAAGUGGAAAACAAGAAGGAAAGUCUUCAAAGAAACAUAAGAAAUCUACACGCGCUCGUUCACGCCAGGAGAAGUCCAGCAGACCAAAACUGACCAUAUUAAAUGUUUGUAACACGGGGGAUAAGAUGGUGGAGUGCCAGCUUGAAACACACAAUCACAAAAUGGUGACUUUUAAGUUUGAUUUGGAUGGCGAUGCGCCAGAGGAAAUUGCUACCUACAUGGUAGAGAAUGAAUUCAUAUUGCAGAGUGAAAAAGAGACAUUUAUCGAACAAAUGAAAGAUAUUAUUGAUAAAGCAGAAGAUAUGCUCAGUGAAGAUACAGAAGGAGAACGAAGUUCUGAUCAGGGCACGAGUCCCCAACAAGAUACUGAUAGGCUGGAAAUGAACGAGGAGAAGCGGCAGUCUCAAAUGAAGACGCCCGUGUAUCAACAGAAUGUUUUGCAUACUGGAAAAAGGUGGUUUAUUAUAUGUCCUGUUGUGGAAAACCCUAGUACUGAUGCACCAGAAUUUUCUCCACCGGUACCUCAGAGCACACAGCAGUCUGAAGGUCCAGACCUGGAGCAGUCGGAUGAUCAGCAAGCGAGCUCUGCGGCGGCGGAUCCGCCUGGUGUCUUAGCUGGUCAGCAGCUUCCCCUGCAAGCAGGUGUAUGUGACAGCCCCAUCGGAGCCUCUCCAUCUUUGGCACAAGUUCCUGCCGCAGCAUCUUCCGCCGGCUUAUCGAGCCAGGCAGAGUUUUCAGCUCCGGCACUACUGGGACCUGCUCCAAAUAUCCUAGAGCAGGCGGCUGCUAACGGAGGUCAGCUGGAGUAUUCUCCGCUGAAGGCAGCGAUGCCCGCUCAGCCGGGCACUCCUGCCCCCCGUGCCGCCUUGCUGGAGGAGCCUUCCGAUGCUCUCCUCGCUCCUCAGCACCUGCAGCCGCAGGCUGACGAGGGCACGUGUGUCCCUGACGUGGAGAUAGCGUGUUGCAGCGUCGGGCCGCACAAGUCAGUCCCGGCAGCUCCUGCGAAGGCGGCAGAGCUCCGCCCGCUCCCCGUGCUUCCGGACGCCGCCGUUUUGGAACGGCAGUUUGAGAAGUCGGAGGUCACCGGCAUCGGUGCUCAUUCCUCAGAAGCAAGAGGUGGGUCAGCAAGCAGAAAAGGUUCAGCUGCAAGCAUCGCUUCAGCUCCUGCUGCUACGACAAAAGGCCUCCUUCAGGUUGCGCCUACAUCAUCAAGAAUAACUAAACAGAUGGAAACUUCUAAAAGGAGCGAGAAGGCAAAGACUAUGACUUUGUCUGCACACACAGAUAAUGUAACACAGAUAUCUACAGCAGAUGGGGUGAUGAAUAACCUUCAAAGGGAUGACUCUCUAGACUCUGGUUCCUAUGGAAAACAGGCUGAAACUCAUGAUAGCGGUACACCAGCCAAAACUAUUGGCAGGUUUUCAGUAAUCAGCACGCAAGAUGAAUUAACUUUAACAGCGCCGCACUGCUUAAGGUUCUCAGCACCCCCAGACGUCUAUUUGGAUGAGCUACCUUCCAGCCCUGAUCUGAAGACAGCUGUCCGACGGGUGCAGACAGCCUCUUCUGUCGAUGUCCUCUGUGACCAGGGUUCGAGUGAUUCUGCUGAUGAGCCUUUCCAUCGUCAGUCGGCUGCUGCUGCCCCACUGUCCCCCCCGAGCAGUAGUGCAGCCACUGACUUAAUUAAAAAAGCAGCUGCUUUUCUGCAAAGAUCUGGCAAAGCUAGCUCGCCAGGCCUCGAUUCACCUAACGGGCAAGGAACAAAAAUUCCUACCAUCAACAUAACGUCCUUCCACUCGCAGUCGUCAUACAUGAGCAGCGACAACGACUCGGAAUUUGAAGACGCAGAUAUGAAGAAAGAAUUGCAGAACCUGAGAGAAAAGCAUAUGAAAGAAAUUGCUGAACUUCAGACUCAGCAGAAGAAUGAGAUAGAGGCACUGUAUAUUCGGUUAGGGAAACCCCUUCCUCCCAACCUGGGGUUCCUUCACUCAGCCCCACCAAGCAGCCGUCGCCGAAGAACCAGCAAAAAUAAAUUGAAAGGUGGAAAGCUAUUAAACCCUCUGGUCCAGCAGCUCAGGAGUGGAACAUCAAGCACAAGUAAUCUUUCAGACUCUAAAGACUCACCCCACAAAGAAACAACUAAAACGCAGCCUGGAUCUCCCGAAGCAGCAGCAGCAGCCCCUUCCCCUGCCUCAGCCACCUUCGGGAAGGCUGUUCAGACGCAGCAGCCGUGCUCUGUCAAAGCCUCUUUGUCUUCUGACAUCUGCUCCGGCUUAGGCCCCGAAGGAGGUGACGUGAACGCAAGCUCUGGCCAAGGCUGGACGGUUUUCCACCAAACGUCUGAGAGAGUGACCUAUAAAUCUAGUAGCAAACCUCGUACCAGAUUCCUCAGUGGACCUGUGUCUUUGUCCAUCUGGUCCACCUUGAAACGACUAUGUCUAGGCAAAGAUCACAGUAGUAGAUCCUCGACAAACAGUCUCGUAACGUGUCCUGAGCCCCUCCCGCAAUCAACCCUGCAGGUUCAGGCCAACAACAGUAACAACAAGAAAGGGACGUUCACAGACGAUCUUCACAAGCUGGUUGACCAGUGGACAAGCAAAACUGUUGGAGCUGCACAGACAAAACCUUCUUUAAACCAACUGAAGCAGAACCAAAAAAGGCAAGACAUGGAGCCAAAGGCUAAUCCCAUGCAAACGCAGAAUGAGACAUGUGGAAUUCUGAAAAUGAGAUCGUCAGCGACUGACAUGUGGCCCCCUCAGCUACGGUGCCAAGCGCAAGGCCCCGCCGCGGCUAAGGAGGAGGAAGAGGAAGAUGGGAAGUGAUUUAUCAUGUGUGAGAAAUUCUGUGCCAUUCUGGUCCAUUCGACACAAUUUUGUAACUUCUUUCUAAUCAUUUUUUUAUUUAUAGUUGGAAAUACAAAAAUGUUAUGCAAAAAAAUAAAGGAGAAUUAUUUUGGGGGAAAAGGAUUUUGUUCCAAAUUGUUCCCUUCUGUUGUGAGCCAGGUUCCCGUGAGCAGCGGCUGGAGAAGAGGGAGGAGGAGGAGGAGGCACUCCUUCAAAUACUUUUUGUUUCACACAGUUAAUUGCAAUUUAAGUAAUCUUCCAAAAGAUAAGCUAGGCACGUGUAUUCAGAUUCUAGUACAAGGAAGAUAAGUUCCAAUUCCGUUUAAAUUUCUCACAGUUAUACAGAUAAUACUCUAUUUUAAAUCCGCUUAAAUCAAGUAAAGAAACCUACAGAGACUUCACCAGAGAGUAAGUUUGUACUUGUCACUUCCCUUUUUACCUCUUUCUUUUUCUUAUAGACCGGCUGCGUUUUCUUGCCAGAGUUAAAUACAGUUCUUGAGUCACUUCUAAUUUUAAACGUAAGACUAAAAUCCUUCUACAGACAAGUCAGUAAUUGGAGCAAUUUUUAAAAGACUUUAAAGUGCCUUCAACAAGCUAAAAUUAUGUAGUGGGAGAUUUCUUUUUCUCGAUUCACUGACGAUGGGUUUCAGCUGUCUCCUGGGUUGAGGUGAUGUACAAAGUAAUUUGCAGCAAUAAGCUCGUGAGUAAUCAUUUAUUAUAAAGGACACCUCGAGGCUUUUUUUAGAAAGAUGGGUUUUAGCACUGUUCCUAAGGAGUGGGGGAGAGUCCCGCUCUUGCUGUUGCGUUUGGGCCCCAAACUCUUCCGACCCUCUGCUGCUGUGCUAUGCACCCAAGGACCUCAGUUGCUUCCCCCUCAGACAGUCCCAGACCACGAUGUUCUUGACUCUUUCGCUCUCUUGUUUUUGAUACCAGAGAAAUAGGAAUUUCUAUUUGCCCAUAAGCCUUUCCGUACCAUCCUUUGUCGCGGCUGGAGCCUGGCGUAUUGUUUCAUUGUUAUCUGCCAUGUCUGUCUCUUCCAAAUCUUGGUUCAAAAUAAUAAAUCUUAUUUUGAUG